AUGCAUGCCAAAGAGGCUUUAUGUGAUUCUCGUAUUAGAAUGCUUCUAUUCACACAAUUCAACUUCAGUGGUAAAGUCCUAACGGACAACCAGAAUUCAACAACAGCCUCGCCAGUUUUGAAAAAUACUCCUCACGCCAAUCAGAUGAAAAUUAGUCAUGGUUCCGAAGAAAUUAAAGAUUAUAUUCAAAAAUCAAAAGAAGGUAAAUUAUCAAGCCAAAAUACUAAUAUUCUAUUUCCUGAUAAUAAUGAAACCCAGUUAUUAGCCUUUCAUACAUCCAAUGGUGCUUUUUUAUGGUUAAAUUAA